AAAGUCCAUGCCCUGAAAGGAAUAUCCGUAGACUUUUAUAAAGGACAAAAUACUGCUCUGCUUGGACACAAUGGAGCAGGCAAAACUACGCUUAUGUCUAUAUUGACAGGUGUGACAAGUGUAACAGAAGGAAAAGUAUUUAUAAAUGGCAAAAAUAUAGAAAAGCACUUGAGCAGUAUUAGAAACGAAUUACGACUGUGUCCUCAAGAAAAUAUGGUUUUUCCAGAUUUGAAUGUAUUUGAACAAAUAGAGUUAUUUGGCUUGUUGAAAGCUGAAAAUAAAACUAGAUACAAA